AUGCCGGCGGUCGAGCAAGCAAGCGCCAACGGCGUCAACGGCCACGCCGAGAGCAGCAACGGCAACGGCAAUGGCCACACGGCGAGGACGCCGAGCAUGACGGGUCUGUCCUUGACCGAGUACAGCGCCAACCCCGCGUCGCCGGGCGCUUCAUCAUUGCCGCCAGAAGACAGGAACGCUCGUAUCAGGAAGAUCUUGCCGCCCGAGUUCAUCCUUCCCAACGGCCACCCGGACUACCUGCGGCUCAUCCUGACCUCCAAAGUCUACGAGGCCUGCCACGAGACUUCGCUCUCCCCGGCCGUCAACCUCAGCAACCGCCUCGAGUGCAAUGUCCUGCUCAAGCGCGAGGACGAGCACCCUGUCUUCAGCUUCAAGCUGCGGGGCGCCUACAACAAGAUGGCUCACCUCGAACCCGGCCAGAGCUGGAGGGGUGUCAUCUGCUGCAGCGCCGGGAACCAUGCUCAGGGCGUCGCCUACUCGGCCCGCAAGCUCAAGAUCCCCGCCACCAUCAUCAUGCCCGAGGGGACACCGAGCAUCAAGCACCUCAAUGUAUCCCGCAUGGGUGGCCAUGUCGUCCUGCACGGCUCCGACUUCGACGCCGCAAAGGAGGAGUGUGCUCGGAGGGAACAACAAGACGGCCUCAUCAACAUCCCCCCCUUCGACGACCCCUAUGUCAUCGCUGGCCAGGGCACCAUCGGCAUGGAGCUGCUUCGCCAGACAAACCUUCAGAAGCUCGAGGCCAUCUUCUGCUGCGUCGGCGGUGGCGGCCUCCUGGCCGGCGUCGGUGUCUACGUAAAGCGUAUCGCCCCUCACGUCAAGGUUAUUGGCGUUGAGACGCACGAUGCGGACGCCUUGACAAAGUCCCUUGCCAAGGGGGAGCGCCUUGUUCUCGACCAGGUCGGCCUGUUCGCGGACGGCGCCGCUGUCAAGCAGGUUGGGGAGGAGACUUUCCGCAUCUGCCAGGAGGUCGUUGAUGAGGUAGUAUUGGUCUCCACCGACGAGACAUGCGCCGCCAUCAAGGACGUCUUCGAGGACACGCGAUCCAUUGUCGAGCCCGCGGGUGCUCUGGCUGUGGCCGGCUUGAAGAAGUGGGUCGCCUCGCACCCCUCCAGCGACCCGGCCCGGUCGCUCGUCGCCGUCACCAGUGGUGCAAAUAUGAAUUUUGAUCGCCUCCGCUUCGUGGCCGAGCGAGCUGAUGUCGGCGCAGGCAAGGAGGUGUUACUGGCCUGCCACAUCCCCGAGAAGCCAAGGUCUUUCGCCAAGCUUAUCAGUGCCAUCCUUCCCCAUGCCGUCACCGAGUUCAGCUAUCGCUACGCUGCGUCUUCGGGAGCCAACGUGUUGCUCGGCCUGAGUCUGACGGCACCGGCAUCUCAGCGAACGCAGGAGCUGCAGGGCCUCUUGCACCGCAUCGACUCUAUCAGCAGCGAGGAGAAUGGCCAAUUCUCCGUCACGGAUCUCUCAGGGGACGAGCUUGCCAAGAGCCAUAUUCGAUACUUGGUGGGUGGCAUCUCCAAUGUGCCGGACGAGCGUCUGUACAUGUUCAACUUUCCAGAAAGACCAGGGGCCCUCGACAAGUUCCUCAACACCCUGCGACCUAAACAUAACAUCAGCCUGUUCCAGUACCGCAACUCCGGGGGUGACAUUGCCAAGAUCUUGGCUGGCAUUCUCUGCCCUGACGAGGAGGUAGGAGAACUCGAAAAGUUCCUCAAAGAGAUAGGCUAUCCAUGGGUCGACUGCACCGACUCACAGGUAUUCAAAACAUUCCUCCGCGGCUGA